AUGGAAAACCAAACAAUAGUGUAUAUGUUGGUUCUUGGUGGACUGUCCGAUCAUCCAGGUCUUCAGAUUCCUCUGUUCCUGGUGUUUCUCCUGAUCUACCUUAUGACUCUGACUGGGAACCUUCUGAUUAUUUUCCUGAUCUACACUGAUUUCCAUCUUCACACCCCCAUGUACUUCUUCCUUGGAACCCUGGCAUGUCUGGAUAUGAGUUACUCCUCAGUCACUGUCCCAAGAAUGCUCUUUGAUUUACUCACUGAUAAAAGGAUCAUUUCUGUGCAGGCUUGUAUAACUCAGAUUUUUUUCUUCAUCUAUUUUGCUACGUCAGAGAUAAUUGUGCUGGCAUUGAUGUCCUAUGACAGAUACAUUGCUAUCUGCCGCCCUCUUCACUACAUGCAGAUAAUGAACUGGAAAGUUUGUGUUGAGGUUGUAUCAUUUGUGUUGGUUUUGGAUGCAGUCUAUUCCUUGAUACACACGCUUUUUUUAAACAAACUCUUCUUUUGCAAGCCAGCAGCUUUGCAAAGUUUCUUUUGUGAACUGCCCCAGCUGCUUCAGGUCUCCUGUAGUGACAUAUUCAUCAAUGUAUUGCUUAUAUUUUUUCUUGGGUUAUUGUUUGCUGUAGGUCCUUUAGUAGUCACCUUGUACCCAUAUAUCACUAUCAUCAGCACUGUUCUGAAAAUCCCAUCAAAACAGAUGAGAUCCAAAGCUUUCUCCACCUGCUCCUCUCAUCUAACUGUGGUCUUUAUACUUUACAGCACUAUCAUCUUCAACUACUUCCGCCCAAGUGCAAAUUAUCAUUUCACAGAGAAUAAAUUGACUUCUGUAUUUUAUGCUAUACUAACCCCCCUUUUAAAUCCACUGAUCUACAGUUUAAAGAAUCAGGAGAUCAAAACAUCACUCAGAAGAACUUUACAGAAACUGCAAAGCCUGGGAGAGUGA